CACAUACAAAACGGUCAGAUGAACACUGAAAUUAGAAUUGGCCAGACGUACCUUGGAGUUUUAGUGAAAGUGACGAAACCCUUUAGAAAUGAAUAGUAAAAAGAAUAAGAACAAAUCGAAACCAAAUAAACCCCAAACUCCGAACCCACCCCAAAAAGUAGAAGAACCAAGUAAAGAUGUUGAAGCUGCUGAAAUUGUGAGUGCAGGUGAAGUCGCAAGUGCGCAAAAAAUUGACUUACGUGUCCCUGAAAUAAUAAGUGAGGUGAUUCCUGCAGUGGAAGUGAAGGAAACCGAAGAUGAUUCUCCGAAGAAACCAAAAAGAAAUCGAGGUAAGAAGAAAAAACACGAUAAAGACGAUGAUGAAAAUCAAGAGGAAAAGCCGAGUGAAGCAGUGGAAAUAAUUGAAAUCGUUGAAGUCGAAACGCAAGAAAUUGUGAUUGAAGAAAACGUAGUACCAAAUUCACGAAAGAAAAAAAAUAAAAACAAGAAAGCUGCAGAUCCCGACACUAAAACUACAGAAAAGGCUGAAAAAGAAGUUCCUUUGAUCGAUGAAAAAAAGACUCAAGAAUCUGAGUUGUGUGUGAAAGAAGAAUCAAAACCUAAAGAUGCGAGUGACCAAGAAGCUAAGUCGUCGAAAAAGAAGAAUAAGAAAAAGAAGCGAAACGAUUCUGAGCGAUCUGAAAAAGCUGAGGAACUUAGUUGCACAAGUGCUUUUCAAAAAUUGUUAAUAGAUGAUAAGACUGAUGUUAAGACUGUAGAAAAUCCACCAAUUGAAGAAAUAAAAAUACAACCAGAAAUUGUUCAAGUGACUUCAAAGGAGGAUAAAAAUAAGAAUGUAAGCCAUAAAACUGCUUCAACCAAACCUGAAGUGGAAAAUGUAGAAAAAAAUACUGAUAAUCCAGAAAGUGCACAUGCAAUCCCACUUCAUGAGCCUGCUGGUAAAAAUAAAAAGAAAAAUAAGAAAGACAAAAAAGAACCCCCAAAAGAAAAGGAAAUUAAAGACGAUUCUGAUAUCGAAAUGCCUGAAAUUAUACCAAUAACCGAAACUGCUGACGAACUUCAAAAAAAUAUUGUUCAAGAAUCCCCGAAAGAAAAUGUCCCAGUAGAAGAUUCGUCUGUAAAAAGCAAAGAGGCAGAUGAAAAUGUGACACCAAAAGCCAAAAUCGCGAAGCCUGUUGAAAGGAAACGUAAAGGAAAAGGUGAUCACCAAGAACCAUCUGAAGCUCAUGAAAAAGAAUCAUUGAUGUCUGAAAUAAUCCAAGAAGAAGAAAAACCUGUAAAUGCUCCAAUAAAAGAAGAUGUCAAAACAAGCAUUGCAGAACUUAAACCAGUUUUACUAGAAACUAAAGAAGAAAUAAGCGAGGUAGAACUUAAACCUAGUAGUCCUGAUAUAAAAUCACUAGAUUUGCCUGAAAAAGAUAAAAACAAAAAACGAAAAAAGUCGCCCAAGCCUGAGAAACAAGAGCAAAAACCAACAGCUUCAAUUGAAGUUGAAAUGAAACCUGAAGUUGAAAUUAAACCUGAAGUUUUGAAAGAAGAACCACAAACUUUAAUAAAACCAACUGUAGUAACUGAAAAACAUCCAGUGGUUGAAAUAAAAUCUCAAGAUGCUAUAAUUACUGAAGCAUUUGAAGAGUUGAUUAAAAUACCUGAAAGCGACAAAAGUAAAAAGAGGAAGAAAUCUCCAAAGCCUAAUAAACAAGAACAGCCAGCUAAAAGUAUAACUAAAGCAACAGCUGAAUCAGAUAAUGAACCUAAAAAUAUUAGUCCGGAUGAACCACCAAUUGCUCAAAUGGAAACAAAGUUUGAAUCAAUGACACCUCUUUUCUCAAAAGAAAUCGUUGAACCUCAAAAAGAAAAGACUAUUUCUCCUGGAAAGAUUGAAAUACCUACACCUAUAGGAACAACAAAAGAGCUUAUGCCAGAAGCGAAAGAUAUUAAACCAGAUGACACCAACAUUCCUGAUACUAAAUCAAAGAAAAAACGAAAGAAGUCGCCGAAAUUACCUCUUGGUACUGACUCUGCACAUGAAAUAAAAGAAACUGUUGCGUCUGUAACAGAAAUGCCUCAAAAACAAGAAGCUAAGCCCGGAAGUAGUACAGAUAAUAAGAAAAAUAAGGCAAAAAGCCACGAAAAGUCUGACAUCUUCCAUGACAUACCUACAGCUGAAGACAUAGAAAUACGAAGCCUCAAAACUGACGAAUCCGAUAGUUCUAUUUGUGACUUUAUCCCUGACAUCAUCCAGCAUCCUAGAGCUACAAGCCAAGACAUUAUCGAUGAUAAUAAUAAUACAUUGAUCCAAGAGAUAACAAUAGAAGAAAUGAAAUUACAAAUACCUACUGAUAUUCCCGAUACACCCUUCAUUCAAGGAUCUGGAGAAACUCCACAAGUUACCCCCGAAUGUGUGUUUGUUGGUGUCCAAAUUUCUGAAGUAACUUCCGUUCCCGUGCCCGGCAAAGGUGAACAAGAAAAGACGGAUAUUAAAUCUAAAAUGAUGGAAGUUAACCAAGACAUGGAAGAAUUAAGACUUUCUAUAGAAAGAUCUUUGGCUGAGUUCUCAGCCAUGGAAAAGAGUGAAGGAGAAAUAGAACGAAAAUUUCAAGAAAAGACCGCUCAUACUCCUUUAGAGCCCAAAUCGCCUGACGUCAAAAUGCCUAGUGAACUUAUGUUUAAGUUACAACCUGAAAAAAUCGAAACUCCUAAGCCCCAAGAGAAGAAAAUUGAGGAAUCUAUUGCAUGUCCUUCAGUCGACACUAAACCUGCUGAAAUAACUACUUCGGCUACACAAACAUCGCAAAAAGGCUCUCAUAAAAAGGAAACAAAACCCAAACCAUCUGAGAAAAUGUCAACAGGUUCUAAUUUACCUCAAACAUUGGAAAAACAUACUGAAACAAUGUCUCCACCAAUCGUCCCUGCUAGAAAAGAUAAAAGUGUGAGCAAAGAACGCGAUGUCAAAAAUGUUCCGAUAAAAGUAGCUGAAGAUAUCGUCAAACCAACUGAAAAUGCUACUGAAGUUUUACAACAGCAAGAAACUUUACCUAACACAUCUACCCCGCCCACCAUUCCAGCAAGAAAAGACAACAAAAAUAAGGGGAAAAAUAAGAAAAAAGGCAAACAAGAAACCGCUCAAGCAGUCACUCAAACUGAAAGCACAACUGCUAGCUCUGAAUCAAAAGAACCAGCUCAAGAAUCAGCCAAAAAAGAAGGAAAAUCUGAACAAAAGUCUGAAACAAAACAAGAUAAAGAGAAACAACAUGCAGUAUUGCCAUCUGAUGACGCGAAAAAUCCCUUUGAUCUAGAAGGUGAUCAAAAUAAUAAACCGGAUUUUGAGCCAAUUGAAAAUUUUGAAGAUGCCAUGACUUCAAGUGCAGAUGACAUCAAUAAGACAUUCGAAAUGAUCGUCAACGAAGGCAGUCAAACUCAAAUCAAUGAGGCUUCGCAUGUAAAUCCCGAGAUUAAAAUAGUAGCUCCGGUAGAAGACACAAAACCAGAUAAAAGAGAUGAAAAAAUUAACCCUGUUUCGCCGCCAAAAAACUUGCUAGGUCACCCCGAUAUUCCUGUACAAUCGAAUAGAACCGAUUACAAAAAAGAAAAGAAUAAAGCACCGAAUACAAUCCUGGCUAAGGUUAAAAUAAAAGAUGCCGUUCAAAUUGAAGAUAACAAACAAUCGAAAGAUACUCAGACUGAUAAUAUUCGAAAGUUUUUGAAGACGAAAUCGAUUGACGAGUCGUUUUCGUCAGUGACCAAUGAGAAUGACGAGUUUGUCUACAAAUACAGUUUUAGAAAAGUUUUCUUGCAAAGCGCAUGCCAUGUUUGUAAGAAAGAACUGAAGCAAACUCGAGUGCCCUGUAACUUUUGUAAUUUGAUGUUUUACUGCAGCGCCAAACACAAGGAUGAGGAUUGGGCGAAACAUCAAGGAUUCUGUUUCGCCGUGUCGACCAUCGUGCACUUAAAGGAUCAAAAGCACAUCUACGCGGACUCAAAGAACAUCACGGGCCAGGACUACCGGCUGCUCCGCAUGCAGACUAUAGUCUCUUGCGAGAAGGUGCUGAAGCGAAGACUGGCGCCCUUCGAGCAGGAAGCCCUGCUUUAUCCUCGGGUGUGCGCCGCCCCUGCCUGCCGCGAGUGGCGCCAGAAUAAGUUGGUGGACUGCGAGGGCUGCGGGCAGAUAUCCUUCUGCUCGGAGCAUCCCUCACACUUUCCCAAGGCCCACCAGCGCUGGUGCAAGUCGUACUCCCUCUACCAGAAGCUGGUGUGCUACCAGCAGACGCGAGGGCGGUUGGAGCCGCCCCUGCCUGGACGGAUCAUGGCGGAGCCGCAGACUUCGGAGAAGAUCAACGAGGUGCUGGCCAGCAUGUAUGAGGAGAAGAUUGACAUGAACGACAUCCAAUACGCGGCGCUGACGCAGAUCGCCACAGCUCCACUGACAACUGCGUACUGCCUACAGACUUACGCCAAGCUCACCAACGCAAACGGCACUGCUAAGAAAGCCACAUGCACGGUCCACGUGGUGGGCGGGGAGCUCCAGUUCGAAGCUGAUGCUCUUCACAAGUGGGAGGUGUUCCUGCUGCACCAACGGCCUGGAGCGCGGGAGCUCGGCGUGGCCAUGGUGGCGCCCGAGCUGAAUCCGUCCUCGCUGCCGCUGCAGCUGCUCGCUAGAGUCAAACUGUGCGAGAACUGCCGUACCAACAAGCGCAGGGUGGUGUUCAGUUUCCAGGACAAGACCACCUACCACGACUACUGGGACAGUGACCACUUCCUCACCCCUGACAUUGUUUGCGCAUUCAACCCCAGCAUCAAAAGGUCGUCGAUGUACAACGGCAAAGACCCGUGGCCUAAAACAAUCAACUGCAUCCUCAAAAUGAAGACACCGUUUUUGGUCACGGCAUAUACUCUGACGGAACUCCAAAGGGACUUAGCUAGGAUCAAGGAAUGUGCUGAAGUAGACCUCAAGGUCCUCAUCGAACCCAAAUUCAACAGCUUCGCCAGCGUCAGACCAGACAGGAACUUUAUCUCUGACGAUGAGAUGCCGCUGCUCUUCAAAAACUACUGUUACAUGCUCGUUUGUGGAGCCUGAUUUUGUUUUUUGUGUUGUUACUUUAUUAUAUUUAUUGAAAUAUC